GUCACCCGGAGGAGUUGGUCGCACAAUUAUGAAAGACUCGGCUUCUGCUGCUAGCGCCGGAGCUGAGUUAGUUCUGAGAAGGUUUCCCUGGGCUGUCCUUGUCCGGCGGCCUCUGCUGCCGCCUCCGGAGACGCUUCCCGAUAGAUGGCUGCAGGCCGCGGAGGAGGAGGUGGUGGAGUUGCUGCCCUUCCGGAGUCCGCCCCGUGAAGAGAAUGUCCCAGAAAUCCUGGAUAGAAAGCACUUUGACCAAGAGGGAAUGUGUAUAUAUUAUACCAAGUUCCAAAGACCCUCACAGAUGUCUUCCAGGAUGUCAAAUUUGUCAGCAGCUUGUCAGGUGUUUUUGUGGUCGCUUGGUCAAGCAACAUGCUUGUUUUACUGCAAGUCUUGCCAUGAAAUACUCAGAUGUGAAAUUGGGUGACCAUUUUAAUCAGACAUUAGAAGAAUGGUCUGUGGAAAAGCAUACAGAACAGAGCCCAACGGAUGCUUAUGGAGUCAUAAAUUUUCAAGGGGGUUCUCACUCCUACAGAGCUAAGUAUGUGAGACUAUCAUAUGACACCAAACCUGAAGUCAUUCUGCAACUUCUGCUGAAAGAAUGGCAGAUGGAAUUACCCAAACUUGUUAUCUCUGUACAUGGUGGCAUGCAGAAAUUUGAGCUUCACCCAAGAAUCAAGCAGCUGCUUGGAAAGGGUCUUAUUAAAGCUGCAGUUACAACCGGAGCCUGGAUUUUAACUGGAGGAGUAAAUACAGGUGUUGCAAAACAUGUUGGUGAUGCCCUCAAAGAACAUGCUUCCAGAUCAUCUCGGAAGAUUUGCACUAUUGGAAUAGCUCCAUGGGGAGUGAUAGAAAACAGAAAUGAUCUUGUUGGGAGAGAUGUGGUUGCUCCUUAUCAAACCUUAUUGAACCCUCUGAGCAAAUUGAAUGUUCUAAACAACCUACAUUCCCAUUUCAUAUUGGUGGAUGACGGCACUGUUGGAAAGUAUGGGGCAGAAGUCAGACUGAGAAGAGAACUUGAAAAAACUAUUAAUCAGCAAAGAAUUCAUGCUAGAAUUGGUCAAGGUGUCCCUGUAGUGGCACUUAUUUUUGAAGGUGGGCCCAAUGUUAUCCUCACAGUUUUAGAAUACCUUCAGGAAAGUCCUCCUGUUCCAGUUGUCGUAUGUGAAGGAACAGGUAGAGCUGCAGAUCUACUAGCAUACAUUCAUAAACAAACAGAAGAAGGAGGGAAUCUGCCUGAUGCAGCAGAGCCUGAUAUUAUUUCAACUAUCAAAAAAACAUUUAACUUUGGCCAGAGUGAAGCAGUUCACUUAUUUCAAACACUGAUGGAGUGCAUGAAAAGAAAAGAGCUCAUCACUGUUUUUCACAUUGGAUCAGAUGAACAUCAAGAUAUAGACAUAGCAAUACUUACUGCACUACUUAAAGGCACUAAUGCAUCUGCAUUUGACCAGCUCAUCCUUACUUUGGCAUGGGAUAGAGUUGACAUUGCCAAAAAUCAUGUAUUUGUUUAUGGACAGCAGUGGCUGGUUGGAUCUUUGGAACAAGCCAUGCUUGAUGCUCUUGUAAUGGAUAGAGUUGCUUUUGUGAAACUUCUCAUUGAAAAUGGAGUAAGCAUGCAUAAAUUCCUUACCAUUCCUAGACUGGAAGAACUUUACAACACUAAACAAGGUCCAACUAAUCCAAUGCUAUUUCAUCUUGUUCGAGAUGUCAAACAGGGAAAUCUUCCUCCAGGAUAUAAGAUCACUCUAAUUGAUAUAGGACUUGUUAUUGAAUAUCUUAUGGGAGGAACCUAUAGAUGCACCUACACUCGGAAACGUUUUCGAUUAAUAUAUAAUAGUCUUGGUGGAAAUAAUCGGAGGUCUGGCCGAAAUACCUCCAGCAACACUCCUCAGUUGAGAAAGAGUCAUGAGUCUUUCGGCAAUAGGGCAGAAAAAAAGGAAAAAAUGAGGCAUAAUCACUUCAUCAAAACAGCACAGCCCUACCGACCAAAGAUUGAUACAGCUGUUGAAGAAGGGAAGAAAAAAAGAACCAAAGAUGAAAUUGUAGAUAUUGAUGAUCCAGAAGCCAAGCGCUUUCCUUAUCCACUCAAUGAACUGUUAAUUUGGGCUUGCCUUAUGAAGAGGCAGGUCAUGGCCCGUUUUUUAUGGCAGCAUGGUGAAGAAUCAAUGGCUAAAGCAUUAGUUGCCUGUAAGAUCUAUCGUUCAAUGGCAUAUGAAGCAAAGCAGAGUGACUUAGUAGAUGAUACUUCAGAAGAAUUGAAACAGUAUUCUAAUGAUUUUGGUCAACUGGCAGUUGAAUUACUAGAACAGUCCUUCAGACAAGAUGAAACCAUGGCUAUGAAAUUGCUCACUUACGAACUGAAAAACUGGAGUAAUUCCACCUGCCUUAAGUUAGCAGUUUCUUCAAGACUUAGACCUUUUGUAGCCCACACUUGUACACAAAUGUUGUUAUCCGAUAUGUGGAUGGGAAGGCUAAAUAUGAGGAAAAAUUCCUGGUACAAGGUCAUAUUAAGCAUUUUAGUUCCACCUGCCAUACUAAUGCUAGAAUAUAAAACUAAGGCUGAAAUGUCCCAUAUUCCACAAUCUCAAGAUGCCCAUCAGAUGACAAUGGAAGACAGUGAAAACAACUUUCAAAACAUAACAGAAGAGAUUCCCAUGGAAGUAUUUAAGGAAGUGAGAAUACUGGGCAGUACUGAAGGAAAGAAUGAAAUGGAGAUACAAAUAAAAUCAAAAAAGCUUCCGAUCACACGGAAGUUUUAUGCUUUUUAUCAUGCACCAAUUGUAAAAUUCUGGUUUAACACGUUGGCAUACUUAGGAUUUCUGAUGCUUUAUACAUUUGUGGUUCUUGUACAAAUGGAACGAUUACCCUCAGUUCAAGAAUGGAUUGUUAUUGCUUAUAUUUUUACUUAUGCUAUUGAGAAAGUCCGUGAGGUCUUUAUGUCUGAAGCUGGGAAAAUAAGCCAGAAGAUUAAAGUGUGGUUUAGCGAUUACUUCAAUAUCAGUGAUACAAUUGCCAUAAUUUCUUUCUUCAUUGGAUUUGGGCUAAGAUUUGGAGCAAAAUGGAACUUUGAAAAUGCAUAUGAUAAUCAUGUUUUUGUGGCUGGAAGAUUAAUUUACUGUCUUAACAUAAUAUUUUGGUAUGUGCGUUUGCUAGAUUUUCUAGCUGUAAAUCAACAGGCAGGACCUUAUGUAAUGAUGAUUGGAAAAAUGGUGGCCAAUAUGUUCUACAUUGUAGUGAUUAUGGCUCUUGUAUUACUUAGUUUUGGUGUUCCCAGAAAGGCAAUACUUUAUCCUCGUGAAGUACCAUCUUGGACUCUUGCUAAAGAUAUAGUUUUUCAUCCAUACUGGAUGAUUUUUGGUGAAGUCUAUGCAUAUGAAAUAGAUGUGUGUGCAAAUGAUUCCACUAUCAAGGAAAUCUGUGGUCCCGGGACAUGGUUGACUCCAUUUCUUCAAGCGGUCUACCUCUUUGUACAGUAUAUCAUUAUGGUCAAUCUUCUUAUUGCAUUUUUCAACAAUGUGUAUUUACAAGUGAAGGCAAUUUCUAAUAUUGUAUGGAAGUACCAACGUUAUCAUUUUAUUAUGGCUUAUCAUGAGAAACCAGUUCUGCCUCCACCACUUAUAAUUCUCAGCCAUAUAGUUUCUCUGUUUUGCUGUAUAUGUAAAAGAAGAAAAAAAGAUAAGACUUCAGAUGGACCGAAACUUUUUUUAACGGAAGAAGAUCAGAAAAAACUUCAUGAUUUUGAAGAGCAGUGUGUUGAAAUGUAUUUUAAUGAAAAAGAUGACAAAUUUCAUUCUGGAAGUGAAGAAAGAAUUCGUGUCACUUUUGAAAGAGUGGAGCAGAUGUGCAUUCAGAUUAAAGAAGUUGGAGAUCGUGUCAACUAUAUAAAAAGAUCACUGCAGUCAUUAGAUUCUCAAAUUGGUCAUUUGCAAGAUCUUUCAGCCCUGACUGUAGAUACAUUAAAAACACUUACUGCUCAGAAAGCUUCAGAAGCUAGCAAAGUUCACAAUGAAAUUACACGAGAAUUGAGCAUUUCCAAACAUUUAGCUCAAAACCUUAUUGAUGAUGGUCCAGUAAGACCUUCUGUGUGGAAAAAGCACAGUGUUGUAAAUACCCUUAGCUCCUCUCUUCCUCAAGGUGAUCUUGAAAGUAAUAAUCCUUUUCUUGGUAAUAUUUUUAUAAAAGAUGAAAAAGAUACCCAGUGCCACAUAUUUGGUCAGGAUUUACCUGUAGUACCCCAGAGAAAAGAAUUCCAUUUUCCAGAGGCUGGUUCCUCUUGUGGUGCCUUAUUCCCAAGUGCUGUUUCCCCUCCAGAACUUCGGCAGAGACUCCAUGGGGUAGAAACCUUAAAGAUGUUUAAUAAAACUCAGAAACUAGGCAGCUCAUCUAACAGCACACCCCAUCUGUCAUCCCCACCAACCAAAGUUUUUGUCAGCACGCCAUCCCAGCCCAGUUGCAAGAGGCACUUGGAAACUGUAACCAAAGAUCAAGAAACUGUUGGCUCAAGAGCAGCAGAAGGAGAUACUAUAGAGUUUGGAGCCUUCAUAGGACACAAAGAUAGCAUGAAUUACUUACAGAGGUUUAGAGAAACAUCAAAGAUAAAAGAAAUAUCCAAUGAUACUCCUUCUGAAAACAUUCUGAAACAUAAGAGUUCUCAUGGUGGAUUUACUGAGUGUCACAAAACUUCUGUUCCUCUUCAUUCAGAACAAGUGGAAAGAAGCAGUAGAAGGCCAUCUACAGAAGAAACUCAUGAAGUAGAUUCCAAAGCAGCUUUAUUGCCGGAUUGGUUACAAGAUAGACCAUCAAACAGAGAAAUGCCAUCUGAAGAAGGAACAUUAAAUGGUCUCGCUUCUCCAUUUAAGCCAGUUAUGGAUACAAAUUACUAUUACUCAGCUGUGGAAAGAAAUAACUUGAUGAGAUUAUCCCAGAGCAUUCCAUUUACACCUGUGCCUCCAAGAGGUGAGCCUGUCACUGUGUAUCGCUUGGAAGAGAGUUCGCCCAACAUACUGAAUAACAGCAUGUCUUCUUGGUCACAGCUAGGCCUCUGUGCCAAAAUAGAGUUUUUAAGUAAAGAAGAGAUGGGAGGAGGUUUACGGAGAGCUGUCAAAGUACAGUGUACCUGGUCAGAACAUGAUAUCCUCAAAUCAGGACAUCUUUAUAUUAUCAAAUCUUUUCUUCCCGAGGUGGUUAACACAUGGUCAAGUAUUUAUAAAGAAGACACAGUUCUACAUCUCUGUCUCAGAGAAAUUCAGCAACAGAGAGCAGCACAAAAGCUCACAUUUGCCUUCAACCAAAUGAAACCCAAAUCCAUACCAUAUUCUCCAAGGUUCCUUGAAGUUUUCCUGCUGUACUGCCAUUCAGCAGGACAGUGGUUUGCUGUGGAAGAAUGUAUGACUGGAGAAUUUAGAAAAUACAACAAUAAUAAUGGUGAUGAGAUUAUUCCAACUAAUACACUGGAAGAGAUCAUGCUAGCCUUUAGCCACUGGACUUACGAAUAUACAAGAGGGGAGUUACUGGUACUUGAUUUACAAGGCGUAGGUGAAAAUUUGACUGACCCAUCUGUGAUAAAAGCAGAAGAAAAGAGAUCCUGUGAUAUGGUUUUUGGUCCAGCAAAUCUAGGAGAAGAUGCAAUAAAAAACUUUAGAGCAAAACAUCACUGUAAUUCUUGCUGUAGAAAGCUUAAACUUCCAGAUCUGAAGAGGAAUGACUAUACACCUGAUAAAAUUAUUUUUCCUCAGGAUGAGCCUUCGGAUUUGACUCUUCAGCCUGGAAAUGCUACCAAAGAAUCAGAAUCAACUAACUCUAUUCGUCUCAUGUUAUAAUAUUACUGAAUCAUUGGUCUUGCCCACAUCUCACAAAAAUGUUACUGUAUCACUUUCCUUCAGGAGGAGAUAUGCUGAUCCUGGCCCAGUUAAAAGGUCGAUACUCUUGACCUGAUUAAACUAGUCAGUCAAGAACUCCCUAUAGGAUACAGCUGGCAGCUGUUAAAUUUUAAAGGUAAAGGAAAAUUAGUAUUUAUAACUUUUUACAUGGCUCUUUUUAGCAGAGCAUUUCAUUUGACUUUGUUCUGAUGAGGAUGAUACCCUCUUAUGCGGUUCAGUGUCAUUAACCAAAGUUAGGUGUCUGUGCAGAUUGUGUUGGCAGCUGGUUUACUGCUAUUCAGCUAUUGAAAUGAAGAAAUCACCCAUCCUUCGGUUAAAUGGCAGUCAAGCGCCUUCCUCUUUGUGUUUCAGUGUGUUCACUGAUAAUGUCACUAGCUCCCAGCUAGAUGCCUGCUGGCCACAGGAAAGGAGAUUGCUUUUUAUAAUUCUAGAUCCAUAGGGAUAUGUCUGACCUGAAAACCAUUUUCUAAGAGGGACCUUAUGAGUCAGAGUUAGGCUCCAUAUUUAAAGACACAGCCAGUUUUUUGUUAAAUGGAGCCCAAAUUGUGCAAAAGUAUUAGUGGGUUUUUUUUUAACAUUGUUUUAUCAAUAUCACAUAAUUACUAAGUAGAAGAAAACCAUGGUAGAUUGGUAUAACCUAAAUAUAUCAAGAGAAUUUCAAGAGAAGUUACCUUGUAAGACAAAUUAAAGUGCUUUUUCCCUACCUGUGUCUGUAGUGACAACCUGGAAGUCACAUACCUCUCCAAAGAUUUUAUUGACCAGCAUGUCAAAUCAGAAUGUAAACAUGCACUCCUGCAUAUAUUUAAACUUGUGUAGGAACAUCUGAAUAUGAAUAUUGUUUGUGGUACUUAAGAAAUAGAGUUGGAUUAUCAUUAUGUGAUGUUGGGAGUUUGCAAUGCAAUUUAUGCCAAUCAACUGUAAUUUAACUGCCCCAGAUAUUGUUGAAUCCUCAACAGGAAGAAAAGCUUUUCAGAUGACUAUAAGUUUUAUGCUUUGAUUUUUUUUUCCCCUUUUUUGUCCUAGGUACUAAUCUUAAUUUUUAUUUGGGAGGGAGCAAUGUAAAUCUUACUUGUAUUCAGUAGUGUAUCUCAUAGAUACAGACAAGGCAAGAAGAGAUAAGCUGUUUAAAUACUGUUUAAUAUUGAGCGGGGAGAAAGAAAAAGUGUAUCAAAGAUAUUAUACUAUAUACAUUUUGUAUAUCAUUAAAUCUUUAAAAAGAAAUUAAAUUUAUUCUUGUUUACA